AUGGAAUCUGCCGGUGGUUGCGGGGGAAGUGGUGCCUCCUCGGACCAAUGCUCUGCAGCUUCAAGUUUGUGCCAGCAGUGCAGAAUGGCUGUUGCAGCCCACGCACAUGCCGACAGUGACAACGGUGCCGCGGAAGGGGCACAGCUGUCAUCGCUGGGUAUAGGCUUUCUGGAGGUUCAGUGUGCGCUGCCACGGUGGCAGGAUUCGUGCCACAACUCCGUAGCCGAUCUCGGAUUCGGAGUUCUCCUUGUUGCAGGAGGUGUCCUGAUGCUCCUUGCAAUCGGAGGGCUCAUGUUAUUCGAUUGGCGAGUGUUACCCUGGCUGGUAUCGCGAGCGGCGAUGUCUGGCACGCUCUCAGCAUCGUGGCGGCCCCCCGCAGCCCCAGAGAAAGUCGGCCAGCCACAGCUGGAGCGGUGCAACGUCGGUGUUGCAGAUGCUCUGCGUUUAGCUGCAGCAGUGCCUAUCGAAACCACUCCGCAGAACCUGGGAGGCAUGGCACUUGCGCGGGCGCUUCGCCAUGUGUUCCUUUUCAUUGCCUUCGCCGCCGUUGGGCUUCGGUUGGUCAUGGUCGCUGUUCUGGCUUUCCUGGCAGGGGCCAGGGGCCGCAGGCAGGAGCAGCUCAUCGGAGCGAUACCGGAAAUCCUCCUAUGCUUGCUUCCUCUCUUUUGGUGCGUCUUCGCCACGCGGAAGUCUUCUGGCGAUGGUGCUCCAUUGACACUCGCCUUUUGGGGUCCCGGUGGAAGGUGUCCAAGAUUCACAACCUAUGCGGUACUCACAGUGGGCACCGAAUUGUACAGCACCUUGGUGCUGUCCUAUGCUGUCGCUACAGCUCCGUGCCACUUCGCAGCGUGGAAGCCUGUCGUGUUCUAUUGCGCUGGAGUCCUGGUCGCAGUCGCGAGAUGCUACUCCGCAGUACUCGCCUUGCGGCUGCAAGAUGCAGCAACCGGUGCUUUCCGCAGGGUGCUCCCCCAGGCCGUUUGUGACCUGGGAGCCGUUGCUGAAGGCGACAUUCACUGCAGCAUUGAUGGCGAGGAGCUUCCUGACGCCGCUAAGUCCCCUCUGACAGAGGCAGAGGAGAGCGCAAGGUGUUGCUGGAGGUCUUUCGUAUCCGCUCCCACCAAGAAGGAGCUGGCACCAGAUCCUGCAACCGCUGUGGCGUGCCCUUGCUUGCCUUCGAGAUGCUGCCCGGUCGUGCGACGGAAGCUCUCGGGACGACGGAUGCUGAUCCGUGUCGGCUUGGUAUCGGCUCUUGUUUCUGCGGUGGCUUCAGCCGUGGUCGUUCGUGCUGCAGUGGGUGAGGCACCUGCACCGGUUCAACAGCCAUCUUCCUGCGGGGUGGCUCGCAACUCUACGACCAGUUGUGUUCCUUGGCGCCUUGCUGGGACCCAUCUCGUUGAUCAGCACACCGGCGAGCUGCAGAUGGACCUGACCGACACGCUUGAGGAGUGCUGCGGCGGCUGUGAUGCUCUGGCAGACUGUCAAGCAUGGAUCUUCGAACGCAUGGCAAAGCGUUGUCGAUGGAUUCAGUUCGAUGACCCCGUGUGCAGGGAGGAUCCCGGUGAUUUGGGCUGCCGCUGCUACACGCACUGGGGCACAGCCUAUGGGUUCAAGCCCAAGUCCAACCUCGUAUGGCUCACAGCGACCUAG